CAUCAAGAUCAUCCCGGCGAUGCGGUUGUUUUGGUGAUCGUUCUACGCGGGUUUUUGGUUUCCGGGCCAUUAAAAUCGUUUACGUUUCUGGCUUGUCCGAUGGGCUGUAGUAGUUCUAAGCUCGAGGAGCUGGAGGCGCUCGCUCUCUGCCGCAAGAGAUGCGAUCUACUUGCUCAAGCCAUAAGGCAUCGCUAUGCGCUUGCAGAUGCACACGCAGCUUACGCAGAUUCUCUCCGAUCAGUCGGUAUUGCCUUGCAUCGAGUUCUUGAUGGUGGCCAUGGAGCGAAUCCGGAUAGCUCUCCUGUUCUCACUCUUCCGGGUCAUCGUAAGGGGGAUUCUGUACCUGCGUCCUCGUUAUCAUCGGCGCCGGCGGUGAUGUCUACGCCAGCGGUUGCGAAUUCUACCGUGCGCUCUCAUUCUCGAUCUCACUCUGGAUCUCAUAUUCAUUUCCACUCCGACGACUCCGAUUCCGACGACAUCUCUCCGCUGCACUCUGAAGAUGAUUCUUCGGGUCAUUUCCAUCCCGAACACCAUGAGACACCAGGCGGCGGCGGCCCCACCUUAGUCAAUCUGCACUACGCGAAGAGUAAUCCUCCUCCUUCCUCUAUUUCAAUUGAGCAGCGGGUGGGAAGCCCUGAGCAAGUUCAAUACGGCUCGGUCUCUGAACCACCCUCCUCCUCCUCCUCUUACCCUUAUGGCUACGCUUAUCCGACGCAGAACCCCAAUUCGCAUCCUUAUCCCUUGCCGUACGCCUACCAGCAUAAUUACUAUGGUUUGUUUGACUCUUCAUCUCCUCCACGUGCGAUAUCUCAGCCUAUUACUGCUGGCGCGGGAGCGAACUCCAAAGCAUCCACUUCUCGGGCGGCGGCUCCGCCUCCUCCUUCCCCUCCCAGGACGUCGACCUGGGACUACCUUUUCGGGGCUUUUGAUAACUAUUAUCAACCUUACAGUCCCAGUAGGAGCUCAAAAGAGGUGAGGGAAGACGAAGGGAUCCCUGAUCUUGAAGAGGAUGACCAGGAAGUCAUAAAGGAAGCCUAUGGAGACCAAAAGUUUGUACCUUCCACAUCUGUCGGGGCUGUACCGGAGAAUUCGAAUAAAUCUGCCUCGGUUGAAAAGGACGAUGUUGUUGGAAAUGCUGUGGACAGUUCGAGCUACCAUCCCAAGCCGAAGGAUGAGGAUUUUUUUGUUGAGAAGAAUGUUGUUAGUGAUGAAUUGCAGAGACCCCAAGAGAUUCGGAGGAGUGUUGUGGUUCCUCGAAGAUAUCAUAACGUAUCUGAGGUUGCAAGUGACAUUAGAGCCCAGUUUGAAGGCGCAGCUGAAUCGACCAAGGAACUUGCUAAGAUGCUAGAGGUGGGAAAGCAUCCUUAUAGCAGCAAAGGCUGUGCUUCUGCAGUAUCUUCGAGAAUGUUGUGCGUGAUUCCUGUCUCUAUAUCGAAGGAUGAAGAUUUAGUCUAUGUAGAGGAUAAAGCAAUGAGCACUGGGAAUCUUUCUUCAACGUUGCAGAAGCUGUACGUUUGGGAACAGAAGCUUCUUGAUGAAGUCAGAAUUGAGGAAAAGAUGCGGUUGCUUCAUGAUAGAAACAGCAAAAAGCUGCAACGCCUGGAUGAAAGUGGUGCGGAAGCUCAUAAGAUUGAUGCAACUCAAAAACUAUUAAGGAAGUUGUCAACACAGAUAAUGAUAGCAAUCCAGAUUGUUAACUCUAUAUCAACAAAGAUUAAUGUGUUGAGAGAUGAAGAGCUAUGGCCACAGAUAUAUGAACUCAUCCAGGGGUCUUCCUGAAAAAUGAAAACUGGUUCGGCGAUUUUCUUCUGUGCCACAAAAAGAUAUGUUCAUUACAAUACAAAAAUUGCAAUUAUUGAUUUCCAGUUCAAGUCACCACCUUGUCAGCCAUUUUCAAUGAUCUCGACACUGCUAGUUAUUGCUUGUGAAUGAGCUUGCAGGUCUUCCUCUUCCUCUCAGUUAUUAGAUUAAAAGCCUGCCACCGUGGAAAAAUGACAAGUGGCUUGACCUUCAAUCCGUUAUUGUCUUUUGUCAUGGGAAUGUAGUUGUCAGCCACAUGGAAGAUUGAUCGCCAAUUUUCAGUUUGCAAAUCACCUCUCAACAGAAUUCUUGUUGCUGACCUCUUCUCGUUAAGGUUAUAGGUUUAGAUGUAGUGAACUCUCUCCACCAAGGCUUACCACAGACUCUCCUUAGUUGGCCUCAGCUUGUCAAUAUUAGAACUGAUCUCCGUUAUGAACUUCCUUCAAG